AUGGCUGGGGAGAAGCAGCAAAGCGCAGACCAGCAGAUCUGUGAGGGCCUCCAGAGCGGCAUCGCCAGCUGCAGCCACAGCAGUUGGGCCUCACCGAUCGUAAUGUGGCACGCUGAACACCAAGCCGCCUUUGACACGCUUAAGCACCGCCUCACCACGGCCCCUGUCUUAGGCUAUCCACUGGACCAUGGUGAGAUGAUCCUGGACACCGAUGCCAGCGACACAGGUAUCGGCGCUGUCCUGUCACAAAUGCAGGGUGGCACAGAACGUGUGUUGGCAUACGGCAGCCGCAAACUAGCCAAAGCUGAACAGAACUAUUGCACUACGAGACGAGAGCUGCUGGCCAUUGUCGAUUUCACAUCUAAUUUUCGACAGUAUCUACUUGGGCGGCCUUUCAAGGUUCGCACUGAUCACAGCAGCCUGCGCUGGCUCACACGAAUGAAAGAGCCAGAGGGUCAAUUAGCCCGGUGGCUUGAAAAGCUAGCGGAGUACGAGUUCGAAAUCCUUCAUCGCCCAGGACCCUUCCUUGCAGCUGAGAACCACGAGUCACCAAGCAAUUCAGUGUGA